AUGACCGAGUUUAGCAGUAUUCCUACGUGCCAAGACUAUCUGCAGAAAUAUCUGCGGCAGCUGUGUUUGCGGGCCUUUCGCAAGGAUGUUUUUACGCAGAUCAAACGGCUUCUAAAGCCUGAAUCCGUAAGCGCAGCGUUAGCGGGAGAGAUCCCGCUCUGCUGGCCGAGUCUCAAAGGCGCGCUGCAGACCCAACACUGUCCGCCCUAUAUUGCGUCGGGGAACCGCAUGGCGGUCAAACAUAUUAAUGUCCUUUUUACAUGGCUAUGGGAGUGGCGCGAUGGCCGAUUCGAACGAAAAGGAUGGGAUCACAAGCCCUACCGACUUCUUUAUCAAAAGAGCUUCGAGGUGAUUACCCUGAUCCAAGGCAAGGACGCCGCUCGUCAGUGGAAACAGGGUCUAAAAGAUUCCUUUAUUCAGAGCCAUUGGAUGCUUCCCUAUCCUCAGAACAAUAGCUUCAUGCGAAAGUCGAAGGAGAGUGGCCAGGUGAUGUGGUGGUCCAGCGUGCAUCGCGGGAUGGAUCUGUACUACCACGAGCUGAAUGUGUUUGACCGCCCCUUUCCGGCGUCCUAUAUCAAGCAUCAUCCGACGACCGGUUGGAGCCCAUCGCAGCCCUCUCUCGCCCAUCUUGACUAUACAAUUGAACCUGAACAGCGCCUUCUGCAUCUAUCAGAUCCCGAGCUCUAUCAGACCCUACGCGACCUACAGAGCCAAUGGACGUCGCCAGAUAGGCCGCCCCAACGACCGGUACACCAAUCUUCGCGAGUAAUUUUUGAGAAUCAGGAGCGGAUCCAGAAUCCAUUUGAUCCGAUCACUGGUCCGGUUGAGACAUGGUCGAUCUCCGCGUGUAGCCGGAAGCUCCAUCCCGCUCUAUAUAAAUAUGAGAUUCUUCACCACCGUCGGCAGUGCGUCCAGCGUCGUCGCCAUCCCUCCUCCUACCCGGACUAUUACUCUGACACUGAGCCCGAGCCUCCGGCCGAAAAUGAUGAGCAAACCUCCGAUGAAGAGGGAAUCGAACCGCAGAAAGCCCGGCUGAUCCAGUAUAUUCAGCAGAUCGAGAAGCGGAUGUACGAACUCAUCUGUCGCGAUCUUCUGGUUUUUUACUUUAUUGUAGGCGCGCAGUACCCCCAGCAUAGCGAUUAUAUGACUAUCUCAGAAGUGAACCGGCCGGUGGAAUCCUAG